AUGAUGGAGCCAGGAAAGACUGCAGUUGAACUUGUCUGCGAGGAUCAGGAGCGGUUCUGGGUGUGUUUGAGGCACCACUACAGCGAGCAAGGCAGCGAGAGCGAACCGUGGGAAGCUCGUCCAGGGACACGUUGGCCGGCCGGAAGCAAGAAGGUCAACGUAUACGCUCUGUUCGUCGAGGUGACGGCGAGAGGAGGCUUUGACGCAGCCUCCAGGGAUAAGAGGAAUUGGUGGGAGAUCGCAGAGAUCGUGGGUGUGUCUCCUGGCUUGGCUGGAACCCUCUCGUACCAGGUCAAGACGCUGUACGAGGAGCGGUUACUGACCUUCGAAUUGGCGCUGUCGUUGACUCCUGCGUCUGAGAUCCCUAGUAUAUCUCAGGCCAAGGCUGUCAACCUCUUCUCUCUCUCUUACGCCAAUAUGGACGUUAUCGAACAUGAUACCCCGAGCAAUCGGCGUGGUGUCUUUGCUACAUCUUCUCAGCGUUUACCCCUCCCUCCUGAUAUCGACCCUCUCAUGACUCUCGCUCUUCCGGACCAAGUUCCAAACAUUUACCGAUUCUGCUGGAUGGGCAUCCGAUCCGAUAUUGACAAAGAAGUCGAUUUUGCCCUUCAUCAUCUCAUUGUUAUCUCUGACGAACGAGGAGACAAGCUCAAGUUCAGCGACUUUAAUAUGUUGGCUGAGUCUCUCGUUAAGCAAGUUUUGAAAGUUUCUCUUCUCGUUUAUGGAAAAGAAUGGGCCAUCGAGCUCGAUCACCCAAAUGAUGUUCCCAUCUCGAAACCUAAUGUUAUCUUCGCCUUAACUGGCACUCCCAAUCUUUUACAGCGCAUUCAAGCCAUGCCAGUCUGUCUGGAUGACACCAACAUUGAGGAUGAAUCGUUUCGCGUCAGGCUUCAGCGCGUCAAUCAGGCUGCCCUUAUCAUUCGAAACAUGUGCCUGCUCGAAGAAAACGCCCGCUGGUUUUCUGAAGAGCCACUGUUGAGAGACUGCGCCACCAUCAUUCUCAACCUUCCCCGCCAGGAUAGAUUUAUUGAGCUCAAGAACUACUUUUUGGAAAUCGUUGAGCAGACUUGCCCCUUUUGGGACCUAUGGGAUGAGGACCCUCUUUACCAAUCCCUUAUCAAGCUAAUAAGUAGUGAAGACCGCUUCCAACUCAUGACCUCGAUGAAAUGCCUUUGUUUGUUCGCCAUUGAGCGCAUUGAAUCCAAGAUCAUCGAUAGAAUUCCCAGCCAAACUAUCGAACAGGUCAUCCGUCUCACUCUUCUCAAGCAAGAUCCUGAACUCCUCUCUGUCGCCCUUGAUUUCCUCUAUCAGUUCUCUCGCUACCAGCUUAAUGUUCAGCAACUUGUUACAGAUUUUAACCUACCGGUUGACCUUAUACCCCAUCUCGUCCGCCUUUUGGACUAUGGCAGUGUGGUCCGUAACAAGGAAAUAAUCGAUCAGGUCGAGCGCAAAGCGCCGCCUCCCAACCAAAUCCCAGUGCCACAUCAGGAUCUCUAUCGUGAGCUCGUCAAGCACCCUGAGCCCGAACGGUGCAGCCUCUGGCUCAAAUGUUGCUUUGUUGAAGAUCCAGAAUGUGAAAUUACCCAACUAGCAAUUUGGCAGGCCUACCAAGCGUGCUUCACUCAAAACCGUAUCCCAGGCGUGCAAGCAGCCGACACCCUCCAAGCUACCGAAUUUAUCAGCACGGUCAGCAACACCUUCUCUUCCGCACAGGCCAAAGUUGUCGAAGGCCCUUCUGCUCGAUUCAUUAUCCGCGGCAUCCGCCCUCUCGAAACCACCUACAACCUGGAUGGCUACCCGAGUCUCCACUGCUUAUGGGGGAAACAAGGAGAUGUUCGGUGCGACCAUGUAUUCCUUGAUCCUACCAUCCUACGCAAUCAUGUGUUUCAAGAUCAUCUUCAGCUCAGCCCUUUGGCUACAGGUGGAUGGGAUCUUCAAUCACAGCCUUCAAACCCCCACGCAUGCCAUUGGGAUUACUGUUCGGAAUACCUAACUCCCACACCGAACAUCGCACAACUUGCCGGCCAUGUCUCCUCUCACCUACCACCAUUACGAGACAUGACCAAACCACCACCCAUCCCUCAACGGCUCAUCAUCCAACCCAAGCGUGCCCGACUGUUCAAGCUCUACCCAACGCCUGUUGAUGAACACGGUGAACCAUACGGAAUCGCAUACAAAGCCUUGUUGGUGAUGAGAUACAUUCUCAUAGGACUCCCGUCGACCCCAUCGGGGAGUCAAUAUAACAAUUUACCAUGGCGAAAGGUGGUCUUUGGCUCCCAACGAAUGCACCUGAUCGAAGCUGCAACGGAGAACCCGAGCUUGACAAAGGAGAUAUUUGGAUUCUUGAACGAACUCGACUCCUCUUCUUAA